AUGUCGAUAAAAAAAGGAGCAGUUGUGGAAAGAUUUAUUUGUGUUGUUCAUGUUAAGGAUACUACUGCACUAUCUCUUCGGGAUGCAAUUUAUUCUAUACUUGUUGAGUAUGCACUAAGUCCAACAAAAAUUAGAGGGCAAGGUUAUGAUGGGGCUAGCAAUAUGAAGGGAGACUCCAAUGGCCUUAAAACUUUGAUUAUGAAUGAAACAAAAUCUGCAUAUUACAUUCAUUGUUUUGCACAUCAACUCCAGCUAACACUUGUUGCAGUUUCCAAAAAGAAAGUUGAUUGUGGUUGGUUAUUUGAACUUCUAUCUACUAUGUUGAAUGUUGUUGGAGGGUCUUGUAAGCGUCAAGAAAUGCUUAAUGAAUCUCAAACUCAAUUAGUUCCAAAAGCAUUUGAAGAUGGUGAAAUUGUAAGUGGGAAAGGUUUGAAUCAACAACUUGGAUUGGGAAGACCGGGUGAUACUCGUUGGGGAUCUCAUUAUAAGUUAUUGUUGAAUGUAAUUGUCCUGCAUCCGGCGAUAUGUGAGGUACUAGACAUGAUUUUUGAAAAUCCCCCUAAUUCGGAUGAUCGUGCAAAAGCUGAUCGUGUUGGUGAUGCACUUAUGUCAUUCGACUUUAUUUUCAUGGUACAUUUGAUGAAGACGAUAUUUGGGGUGGCAAAUCAAUUGAAUAUUGCGCUGCAAAAAAAAGAUCAAGACAUUGUUAAUGCAGUAUCACUUGUAAAAUUGACUAAAGAACGAUUGCAACAAAUGAGAGAAGAUGGAUGGGAAUCUCUUUUGACUUCAGUGAUCUCCUUUUGUGAUAAAAGAGGCAUAAGUGUUCCUAAUAUGGAUGAAGAGUAUGCUCAUUUGGGAAGAAAAAAACGCGGAAAUCAACAACACGUUACAAAUCUUUAUCAUUUCCGAGUUCAGGUAUUUUUGGCAAUUAUUGAUCUACAACUUCAAGAACUUAAUCAUCAGUUUGACGAAGUAAGUAUGGAGCUUCUUCUUUGUAUGACAUGUCUAAAUCCUGCCAAUUCCUUCUCUUCUUUUGACAAGUCAAAGUUACUUAGACUUGCAGAAUUUUAUCCUAAUGAGUUUUCAAGUUUUGAUUUGCUUUGUCUUGAGGAUGAACUUGAUAAUUUUAUUCAUGAUAUGCAAAGAGAUGAGAGAUUUGAGGGUUUGAAAGAUAUUGGAGAACUAUCCAAGAAACUUGUUGAGUCAACGAAGCAUGAGACAUAUCGUCUUAUCUACUUGCUUAUAAAGAUGGUGUUGAUUCUUCCCGUGGCAACUGCAACUGUAGAAAGGGCAUUCUCUGCAAUGACUAUUGUCAAGAGUAAGUUAAGGAAUAGUAUGGGAGAUCAAUUGCUAAAUGAUUGUCUAGUUACUUAUAUAGAGAAAGAUGUAUUUCUACAAAUAAGUGACGAUGACAUAUUGAAUCGCUUCCAGAAUAUGAGGACUCGGCGAGAACAACUGUAA